AUAACAACGCGCACAUGUCUACAGUGUAACUCACGCGCCAACGACUUCAGCUUCUUACAAAUUGACUCCUUCAAAGUCUUCACCUUUACAAACACUCUCUCUCACACAGAGAAGACUCACACUUCAAUUUUCAUUAUCCAUUUUUUCAGUCCACCUUUGUUUACUCCAUAAUCACCAAUUUCCUAAAAAUGCAUACUUUAACGUGAAUUGGUGCAAAAUAGCUUCUGGGUUUUCACGUUGAGCUAAUCUUUAAUCAGUCUUUGAAAGGAAAGUUCUAUCGGACAGCAGUCAGACCGGUGUUGCUGUAUGGUACGGAGUGUUGGGCGGCUAAGAGUCAACAUGAGAAUCAAAAUCUUGAAGGAAACAUGAAUCAUUUUGACAAAGAUGAAAUUCCGAUACUGUCAGAAACACGUGGACAACGAUCUGAUGACCCUCAGGACUCUACCUUUCGAAGAAACAUAUCGAGGACACGGAGUGCUUCAAUUUCUAUUCCUAUGGCUUCUCUAGAUCCAUACGAGAGACAACCAAAUCUUGUCGGACAUACUGGUCCGCUUCGUACCACGAGGAAAACUCCUGUUAGCCAAAUGAGUGGUCCAUUAUAUGUUUCUCCUGCAACUGGAAAUACUUUUCAGAAUAAUAUAAUGGUGGCAGGAAACAAAGUAGGGGAGAACAAGACAGAGAAGUUUUCUACAUUUGAUGGCACGGAUAAAAAUGAACACUUGUUAAGGUCUGGACAACUAGGAAUGUGUAAUGAUCCUUAUUGUACUACUUGCCCUACUUACUUCAAAGUUGCUCAGCAAAGAAAACCAAGAGCUUCCACUAUAUUUGAUCCCAAGUUCCACAAUUCUCUAUAUGGCGACGCCAAAGGUUAUGGAAGGAAAUUUUUUUCUUUCUGCAAUUCAUGUAUUCCUGGAGUUAUGAACCCUCAUGCAAAAGUUGUACAACAAUGGAACAAGGUUUUGGCCAUAUUUUGCUUGGUCGCAAUUUUUGUUGAUCCGUUAUUUUUUUUCUUACUCUAUGUGGAGGAGAAAAAUAAAUGUAUUCGAAUCAACCACGCAAUGGCAACAACACUUGUUGUACUUAGAAGCAUAACCGAUGUUGUGUAUCUCUUGAACAUUCUUCUCCAGUUUAGGUUGGCUUAUGUUUCUCCUGAGUCAAGGGUUGUUGGUGCUGGGGAUUUAGUUGACCAUCCCAAGAAAAUAGCUGUUAAUUACUUUAAGAGCUACUUUCUCUUCGACUUAUUUGUUGUAUCACCUCUUCCUCAGAUAAUGAUACUAUUUAUCCUACCAACUUCCUUGGGGAUAUCAGGAGCAAAUUAUGCCAAGAAUCUUCUACGUCUAGGAAUCCUUAUUCAAUAUAUUCCCAGAUUGUUCAGAUUUUUGCCUCUGCUAAUUGGUCAGUCUCCAACUGGAUUCAUAUUCGAGUCAGCCUGGGCAAAUUUCAUUAUAAAUCUUCUGAUUUUUAUGCUAUCCGGCCAUGUUGUUGGUUCAUGCUGGUAUCUCUUUGGCCUACAGAGGGUUAACCAAUGUUUGCGUGAUGCCUGCCAUAAUGCUAAACUACUUGGAUGCAUGGAAUUGAUUGAUUGUAAUUCUAAAUCGUCGAAUUUAUCAGUUACAUGGAGCCAGGAUCAGGGCGCCAAAGAUUGUUUCAAUUCUUCAUCUGGUGCUUUUGCUUAUGGAAUUUAUAACGCUGCUGUACUACUUACGAUAGAAACUAGGGUGGUCAACAAAUAUGUGUAUGCACUCUUUUGGGGAUUUCAGCAAAUCAGUACUCUAGCUGGUAAUCAAGAACCAAGCUAUUUUGUGUGGGAAGUUCUUUUUACAAUGUCCAUCAUAGGAUUGGGACUCUUGCUUUUUGCGCUUCUCAUUGGAAACAUACAGAACUUUCUUCAGGCUCUUGGACGGAGGAGGGUAGAAAUGCAACUUAGAGGCCGUGAUGUUGAGCAAUGGAUGAACCAUCGUCGCUUACCAGAAGAUCUUAAAAGGAGAGUACGUCAGGCUGAACGGUAUAGUUGGGCUGCAACAAGGGGUGUUCCUGAGAAAAUGGUUCUGGAAAAUUUGCCAGAAGAUCUCCAGACAGACAUAAGACGCCAUCUCUUCAAAUUUGUUAAUAAAGUUCGAAUUUUUGCCCAUAUGGCUGAGGAUGAACCUAUCUUAGACGCCAUUCGUGAGAGACUAAUACAGACGACAUACAUUAAAGGAAGUAAAAUUCUCAGUCAGGGUGGUCUUGUACAGAAAAUGGUGUUUAUUGUGCGUGGAAAAUUGGAGAGCGUCGGAGAGGAUGGAAUUCCGGUUCCGUUAUCAGAAGGGGAUGCUUGUGGUGAAGAACUUCUAAGAUGGUAUCUUGAACAGUCUUCUGAAAGCAAAGAAGGUAAAAAAAUAAAGCUUCACGGCCAGGGUUUGACUAGCGACAGAACAGUAAGAUGCUUAACCAAUGUGGAGGCAUUUUCACUUCGUGCUAAAGACAUUGAAGAAGUCACAACUCUCUUCGCAAGAUUUUUGCGGAGCCCUCGUGUUCAAGGAGUUAUAAGGUAUGAAUCAACUUACUGGAGAUCACUUGCAGCAAAUAGAAUUCGGGUUGCAUGGAGAUACAGGAAGAAACGUCUAAGUAAAGCUAAUACCACACAAAAUGAUUAUCAAACAUUGAUGCCAUAGGCUCUACUCUAAUGUUUGAUUCACUACAAUGAAGUCUUUGGAAUAUAAUAGUGCUGUGCUUAUAGGGAAUUUUUUUAUAGAAUAAGCUUAUAGAGUUAUAAAGUAGCUAGGUGCUAUAUAAUGAAUUUAUUGUACGUAAGUAAAUCCUUAAAUUCACCAUGAUAAAUAUAGCCAUGAACAUUUUGAUUUAAGGAAUGAAAAUAAUUCUCAA